AUGUGGUAUGGCCUACCGGAGGCCCAUGCCCUUAAGCUGCAGUAUGACAGCUGGACACAGUGGGAGAAACUGAUGAGGAGACAAAAGUCAAGAGUCCACAAACGCCUUACCAGUCGCGACACGUUUAAACGAUUGUUCGGAACAUCGGAAACUCACAUGGGCCUGCUUAGCACUGGUGGUGAGUGGGGUAUAAUGUUUUCCAAAAUGUUGGACGAGUAUUGUCCUGGGCAUAUCAAUCAAGACUUGCGCUGGGAUCCAAUUCUCGGACGGUGGGAUCGUGUAAUCAUUACACAGCCUGCCCAACUCUUUCCCCGGUCUGAAGAAGCCUUCAUGAAUGCCAUUUUCACUGGCAAAGGUGAAGUAGACGAAAUCUAUUCCCCCAAAAACGGGCUUUUCACACACACGGAUAUCAAGGAGGCACUCGAUAAGGGAUACAUCGCUAUCGUACCGGACAUUGACCUCCAACCGAUCGAACCUUGGCGCCGUUUUAACCACGCCGAGUUUCGAAAAGUCAAAACUUGGGAAGAGAAGCAUGUGAAAGAUUACAAGGUCAUAGUUAUCGACAAGCAACACAAAGAGGUCAUGCAGCAAUCGAUCGACUCCUUUCCCAAAAAAAAGGACGACAUCCGCCUUAUUGAUCUACACAACCGAAAACUGAACUUUAGGACUGAAUUCCGGCCUCGGGAACGAUACAUCUGGUGGAUGUUCCUAAAUGCAAUCCUUCAUACACAUUGGAGAGACAAAUUGAGGGCCCCGCACGUACAACAGGAACUGCGGAAGUAUACACGUUACUGGGGAAGAGAUGGCAAGUACGUCAAGAAGAACCAGUUGCUUGGGAUUGCGAACGAACUCGGCCGCGACGUCGCAAGUCUUGUGACGGACGGGCUCGGGGAAGUCGAUGGCGAGAGAAUCAGCUUUGAAGCAGUUCACGCCCUGGUGGAAGCAGCUGCGGUAAAGUCCGUAAAGGAAAUCAAUGAUUCGUUGCAAAACGGGGAUGCAGAUGACUCCGAUGACACUGAAUACGGGGAAAUGAUGCUUUUUGAUUAA